GUGUAUUCUCUUGAAUGGACGGGACAAGUCAUUGCCGUAUCUAUCAGCUUUAUCUACUUCACCACAGUGUUGCUGAUCAUCAUCAUAGCUCGCCACACAACGUUCCUCUCGCAUCCAACCAUCCUGGGACUCUGUAUCUUUUGUGGGACGACCACCAUCAUCAAUGUUUACUUCGGUUUUAGUGCCUCCAGGACACCAACAAGUGAUGUCCCCUUUCUGUUUUACACCAUUGUGGUCUCCUUCAUGGUGCUGCCGCUGUCCAGGAAGUGGCUGUUGAUCGUCAGCUCCAUCACUGUCCUCCUGCACCUGGUCACUGCAGCCACACUGUCCGACCAUCAUUACGAGCUUGGCCUGCAGUUGGUGUGCACAUUCCUAGUGCUGGGCUGUGCUAGCGUGGUGGGCCUAGGCCACAAGUUCCUCAGCGACAUCGCCCACAGAACGGCUUUCCUGGAGGCCAGGAACUCUGUGGACUCCAUGCUGAAACUGGAGAAAGAGAAGCAGCAACAGGAUGAGCUGUUGGUCAGUUGCAUACCCAGCAACCUGGUGGCGGAAAUCAAACGGGAUCUGCAAGAGAACAUGCGAGAGCCGCGGCCGACUCUGUUCCACGACUUGUAUGUACAGAGAUACGACAAUGUCAGUAUCCUGUAUGCAGAUAUUGUCAACUUCACACCCCUGGCUGCAGAGUGCACGGCAGCCGAGCUGGUGAAGAUGUUGAACGAGCUGUUCGGUCGCUUUGAUCAGCUGGCUAAGAAAAGCAACUGCAUGAGAAUCAAGAUUCUGGGCGACUGCUACUACUGUGUCUCUGGAGUUCCUAGCCCAGACAAGAGCCACGCCUUAAACUGUGUCCGCAUGGGCCUGCGCAUGUUGGAAGCUAUCAGGGAGGUCAGGGAGGCUACCGGUGUGGAUGUGGACAUGCGGAUCGGGGUGCACACUGGCUCCGUCCUGUGUGGGGUCCUGGGUCUAAGGAAGUGGCAGUACGAUGUUUGGUCCGAUGAUGUCACAAUAGCCAAUCACAUGGAGUCUGGAGGGGUGCCAGGCCGUGUGCACAUAACCAAACAAACCUUUGACUGUCUGGAAGGGGAGUAUGAGGUAGAAGAAGGCCGAGGCCACGAGAGGAGCACCUACCUGGCAGAAAACCAGGUGGAGACUUACCUGGUUGUGCCUGUAGAGAGGAGGCAGACCAACAGGAAGCUGGGUAAGACCAGGUACCACAAUGCAGGGAUGGGCAUCCGCAAGUCCGUGCUGGUGACCAAGUUCCUGGAGAGCUGGGGUGUGGACAAACCCUUUGCUAACCUGCAGACCAGCUCCAUGGUCUCCAAGGUGCUCAGUCUCACAAGCCUGGCACUGGUUGACUCCAGCAUCAUGAUGAAUUCGUCAGGCAUGGAUCAGGGGCUGAUGGCAGCAGACAAGCAGCAGCAGGACGAGAUCAAUACCAGGUUAAGGGACCGUCUCAGCAGCAUCAGCAACAGCAGCUAUCACUGCAGACGGGAGUCUGACAUGCACCCAGCACUCUUGAGAUUUGUGGAUGCCUCAGCCGAGCACAGCUUCUCCCAGCAGUCGGACCACAUGUUCUCCUUCUACGUCCUCCUGGCAUUGAUCAUCUUCCUGGUUGUGUUUGUCAUCCAAGCCAUCAUGUUGCCCAGAAGUGCGCUAUUCUUUGUGAGCUCAGUGCUUGGUGUACUGGUAUACAUGGCACUUAUGGCUGUCUGUGUUUACAGUGAUAUCCCCUUACUGAAACGCUGGCACAAGUACCUGCACCUGAUGCUGCCAGUCUCCAGACUGAUUGUACACACAGCCUGGGUCCGGGUGCUGCUGUCUCUCCUCUCUGUGGGCCUCAUCUUCUUCAUCUCUACCAUCACAAUGGUCAACUGUGAAGGCUCCAUUAAUUCCACUAGGACAUGGACCAAUGGCACCAGCCCUCCCUCCUACAUACAGCCAGGCACCUCACAGUGCAGCUACCCCACUUUUUACCUUCUGUGUUUCCUGCUGGCGUUCACGGGCUACAGCAUUUUCAUCCAGAUCAGUUUCAUCAUCAAGUUCAUCUUUCUUUCCGUCAUGUUCAUCAUCAUCAACCUGGCUGUUCAUGUUGGUACCGGCGCUGUGUUUGAUGAGUAUGAUUCUCUCUUGUCGGUCUUCACACGGGGGUCUCUGGUGGUGGUGGUCCCUCUGCGAGUCAAGAGCACCAUCUACAUGGCCCUGGUGCUGGCCACCAUGCACUACCUGGACCGAGAGAUGGAGUACGCCAACAGGGUUGGCCACCUCUUCAAGCUGCAGUUUCAGCGGGAAACAGAACAGGUGAAGAUGAUGGCAGCCAUCAACAAGAUUGUCCUAGAGAACAUCAUCCCCAGUCAUGUGAUCGCCUACUUCUUGAGGUCAUCUCGCAAGAAUGAGGACCUGUACCACGAGAGCUGCAGCCAUGCAUGUGUGAUGUUUGCCUCCAUCCCCAACUUCAAGGACUUCUACCAACAAACCAAAGCCAAUGGCCAGGGCCUGGAGUGUAUCCGUGUGCUCAAUGAGAUCAUCUCGGACUUUGAUGUGCUUUUGAUCAGAAUUUAUAACGAAGUGGAGAAAAUCAAAACUAUUGGCAGCACAUACAUGGCUGCAACUGGAUUGUAUACAGAUCAUCGCAAGAACCAGGAUGAUGAAGCUGGGGAGAAGAACAUCAUCGAGAUGAUUGAGUUCAGCCUGGCCAUGAUGGCAACUUUGGACAACAUCAACCAACAUUCCUUCAACAACUUCAGCCUGAGAAUAGGGGUCAACCAUGGGCCUGUCAUUGCUGGAGUUAUCGGAGCUAGAAAACCUCAGUACGACAUCUGGGGCGACACGGUUAACGUGGCCAGCAGGAUGGACAGCUUUGGCUUGCCAGGAAGAAUACAAGUGCCAGAAGACACUGCCACUGUUCUGGCCAAGAAUGGCUACUGUCUGGAGUACAGAGGCCUUACAAAGGUCAAAGGCAAACAACCAAUGAAAACUUACUUCCUACAAGCCGGGUAUGAAGGUACACAGGUCUAG